AUGGCAUCGGCGACCGUCUUAGCCACUUAUGCCGACAACACAACGACCGAGGCGGCCUUCCUCGUGCCGGAGUGGUGGACCUGGCCCUACCCAGCGGGGGGGGACUUGGUCUUCCCAUACUAUCUGACCAACACGACGGUCAACUGGAACAGAUCCAACAUCUUCCAGGCGACGUGCUGGGUGGAUUCGUCGAAGGAGCUGGUCUCGUUGACCCUGCCGGAUGUGGACGCGGGCACGACGGAUACGAAGAUGCACAUCUUUGCUCUGUCGUUAUGGCCGAUGCCGGAGACUACCAGCACCACACCCGUUUCCCAGCUGCAGGUGCAGUAUGCGCGCUCGACGCAGAAAUGGGUCGAAGGGAGCAACAAGACGCAGAUCUUCGAGGUGACCAUCAACAACGUGGGCUCGGAGUUUGUCCUGCGGAACCAGUCGGUGCAGGUCCAUGUGCAGUCAGAAGGCGUGGAGACCGUCGCCGCCGGAAACCUGAAGCGACUGGCGCCUGGUGACCAGGCUGUGAUCGAGAUUGCUGUUGUGAACAAGGAUGGGGUAGCAGCAGGCACAUCUGGCAACGCGACGGUCGUGUUUACGGGACAGGGUAUCGAGGCGGAGAGUUACACCUUCAACGCCACCUUUGGGAUUUAUGAGUACGAAGCGACAUACGAGUCGGUGUAUGCUCACGAAUCACCGGAUUGGUAUAACAACGCCAAGUACGGCAUCUUCAUCCACUGGGGGAUCUACUCGGUGCCGGGAUGGGGGAACAAGGGUGCCAAGGAGGAGUACGCCGAAUGGUACUGGUAUGACCUUAACGAAGGCCCAGAUGGGUCCGUUGGCACGUUCUGGUAUGAUCUUCAUACGUACGGGCCUAACGUCGUCUACGAUGAUUUCAUCCAGAAUUUUACGGCCGAUAAAUGGGAUCCAAAGGAAUGGGUCGACCUGUUCGCAGACGCAGGCGCCAACUACUUUGUCCAGGUCAGCAAGCACCAUGAUGGCUAUGCGCUUUUCGAUCUCCCGGACACUGUAACCAAGAGAACAUCGGUGGCCCAGUUUCCGUACCGGAAUCUGCUCGAGGAGUUAUUUCACGCUGCUAAGAAGUAUCAGCCCCAACUCCAUCGGGCUGCAUAUUUUUCUCUUCCGGAAUGGUUUAGUCCUGCGUACAAGAAGUAUGGCUUUGGCGACUGGCCCGGAGGCAACGCAACCAAUCCCUUCAACAACGAGACUCUCCCGUACACCGGCUUUGUCGACGUGGACGACUACAUCACCGAUGUCAUCGUACCGGAGAUGCAAACCCUGGCCGACAUGGGCACUGAGAUUAUGUGGUGUGACAUUGGCGGCCCCAAUCGGACUACAGAAGUCGCCUCGGCAUGGUUCAACGCUGCGGCAAAGGAGAACCGCCAGGUGGUGAUGAACUCCCGCUGCGGCCUGCCGGGCGACUUUGACACUCCCGAGUACGCGACGUACGGUGGCGUGCAGGUGCGCAAGUGGGAGACCAACCUAGGCAUGGACCCGUACAGCUACGGGUACAACCGGGCGACACCGAUGUCGAGCUACAUGAACGCCAGCACGAUUGUGACGAGCUUGGUCAACGUUGUGAGCAAGAACGGCAAUUUCCUGCUGGAUGUAGGGCCGAUGGCCAACGGCACGAUCCUCGAGGUCGAGCAGAACCACCUGCGUGAAGCUGGAAAAUGGAUCAAGGACCACGGCGAAGCGAUCUACAACACGACCUACUGGUUCGUCACGCCAGAGGAGGGCGACGCGAUCCGCUUCACCAAAACGGAGGACGCCUUCUACAUCCUUGCGCUGGCGCAACCGAACGCGACCAUCACCCUCAACAGCCCCGUCCCGUGGGUCGAGGGCGACAACGUGACGGUUAUCGGGGGAGACGCCGCCGGCACGGUGGUGCCUUCCCACAAGUUGGCGAAUGGCAGUCUCGUCCUGGAUAUGAGCGACGAUGUGAUCAACGGAGACCACUGGACCUGGGCGUUCAAAAUCAGCUAUUGA